AUGCCCAGCCCCCGCCGAGGUCGGACGUGUCGCGUUCCGCGAUCUCGCCCACGACUUCGCGUACGAAAUGUGUGACAAUAAGUGUUGCUUCCUCUUUGUUAUUUAAUAUUUUCGUGUAUAACUGUACAUACUUAUACCACACCAUAUUUAGGACUUGUAAACGUAGUCUAGUUAGUAACUAGUUUGUAAAAUUAACCGAUAUCAAAUCUUGAAAGAUAUUUUCUACCAAUGUGAAUGCCGUGUCACAAACGAAAGGGGCAAAACAAAUGAGCGCGUUCAAUAGCGCCGGCCGAUCGCCAGGACGGAUGCCGUAGCUCGCCCAGUGGAGCACGCCGUCGCCGUGAUGAGCACAACCCGCCAUAAUGCGCCGGCGGCCAUUUUAAAACGGAGACUGCGCUGGUCACCACGACAUGGCCGUUUAUCGCGGCGCACGCACACUCCGGUUACCCGCGCAACCGCGCUCUGCUUCACUGUCACAACGCUAUGAAAUGUGGAAACACGGAAAGUGGCGACAAAAAGCGUCACCACCAAGGACAAACCCAGCCGUUCGGGUUCCAAGAUAGAUAGUUGAGGACAUUUUUGCAGUGUGGUAGAGGCCUAAGUGUUACUGUUCUGUGUACAUAUAGUGUGUGUAGGUUUAAGCAUGGGUGGUGAGAGUAGAGGAGCGCGCGCGCCGUUGCUGGAGUGCGGCGAAUACGCUCACGCGCACAAGAGCUCGGCGCCGCGUUGUUGCUUUUGGUUGGCCAGCCACGUCAACGUGAGGAAAUGCGUCGCCGGCGUCAUGCUGCUUUCCGUCCUCACAAUAUUCUUCUAUACUUAUUAUGUGACGGCUCCAUUGACAAGCCUAGUCUGGCGUGACCGCAUACCGCGGCCGCUCUCCCAGUGCUCGCUGCUGGCAUCGCAGCAGCAAGCAGCGCGGGACCACCGUUCAGACGCCCGUUUGCGCAUCGACGCCAAAGUGCUGGUCAUCGUGGAGUCGGCUUACUCCCGACUCGGACGCGACAUCGCCGAGCUACUUGUCGCCAACCGCAUUCGGUACAAGGUGGAAGUCGCGGGCAAGAGCCUGCCGGUACUCACCACCUUGGACAAGGGCCGCUACGGCGUGAUCGUGUUCGAGUCGCUCUCCAAGUACGCCAACAUGGACAAGUGGAACCGCGAACUGCUCGACAAGUACUGUCGCGAGUACUCCGUGGGCGUCGUCGGGUUUGCCACGCCGGGCGAGGAGACGCUGGUCGGCGCUCAGCUGAAGGGAUUUCCGCUUUUUAUGCACACCAAUCUUAGACUUAAGGACGCGACGUUGAACCCUGCGUCGCCGGUGCUGCGACUAGCUCGGGCGGGCGAGACGGCCUGGGGCGCUCUGCCCGGCGACCACUGGACUGUGUUUCGAGCUAACAGCUCCACCUACGAGACCGUCGCGUGGGCGCUGCGGCAGAACGAAUACGGCGCAAGCGAAGAGCGACUGCCGCUAGCAACGGCGAUACAAGAUCAUGGGCGACUGGACGGCAUCCAGCGCGUACUGUUCGGCUCCGGGCUGCAGUUCUGGCUGCACCGGCUGCUGCUCCUCGACGCGCUCAGCUACCUCAGCCACGGCCAGCUCAGUCUCAGCCUCGAGCGGUGGAUCCUCGUCGACAUAGACGACAUCUUCGUGGGAGAGAGAGGUACUCGCCUCCACGAAGAGGACGUGGCAGCUCUCCUGGCCUCGCAGGCCGCCUUACAACGCCUGGUGCCGGGGUUCCGGUUCAACCUUGGCUUCAGCGCCAAGUACUACCACCACGGCACGGCGCUCGAGAACCGGGGAGACGACGCGCUUCUCAAGAACAGAGAGCAUUUCAACUGGUUCUGUCACAUGUGGAACCACCAGCAGCCGCACCUCUACAACAACGUGUCGCAGUUGGAAUCCGAGAUGAUGCUCAACAAACAGUUCGCCUUGUCACACGGCAUCCCGACCAACUCGUGCUACUCGGUGUCGCCGCACCACUCGGGCGUGUACCCGGUGCACGAACCGCUGUAUGAAGCUUGGAGGAAGGUGUGGGACGUGAAAGUCACCAGUACCGAGGAGUACCCCCAUUUGAGGCCGGCUAGGUUACGGCGCGGCUUCCGUCACCGAGGUGUCAUGGUGCUGCCUCGGCAGACGUGCGGCCUCUUCACCCACACGCUGCUGCUGGAGCGCUACCCCGGCGGCCGGCAGCGCCUCGACCGCUCCAUACAGGGUGGGGAGCUGUUCCAGACUGUCAUCAACAACCCGGUGAGAUAUAAACAUGUCAUGGUGCUGCCUCGGCAGACGUGCGGCCUCUUCACCCACACGCUGCUGCUGGAGCGCUACCCCGGCGGCCGGCAGCGCCUCGACCGCUCCAUACAGGGUGGGGAGCUGUUCCAGACUGUCAUCAACAACCCGAUCAACAUAUUCAUGACGCACAUGUCCAACUACGGGAACGACCGGCUCGCGCUCUACACGUUCGAAUCCGUGGUUAAGUUCCUACGCUGUUGGACCAACGUGAGAUUGGCUUCGGCGCCGCCGCUCGCCCUCGCUGAAACGUACUUUCAACUGAGGCCGGACGAGCUCAGCCCAUUGUGGGGGAAUCCGUGCGACGACAUCCGCCACCGUCGCAUAUGGUCGAAGAGCAAAUGGUGCGGCACACUGCCCAAGGUGCUCGUGAUCGGGCCACAGAAGACGGGGAGCACGGCGCUCUACACCUUCCUCGCGAUGCACCCGGCGCUCGUGCCCAACAUGCCCAGCCCGACCACCUACGAAGAGUUGCAGUUCUUCAAUAAUAACAAUUAUAUGAAGGGAUUAGACUGGUACUUAAACUUCUUCCCGCCGAGCAUCAUCAAUGGCACGCAGAUGACGUUCGAUAAGUCGGCAACGUACUUCGACGGCGAGCAGGCGCCACGGCGCGCCCACGCGCUGCUGCCCAACGCCAAGAUCAUCGCCAUACUCAUAUCGCCUUCCAAGCGGGCGUACUCAUGGUACCAGCACAUCCGCUCACACGGCGACGCGGUGGCCAACAACUACACCUUCCACACCGUCAUCACGGCCAACGACUCCGCCCCUAAACCUCUCAAAGACUUAAGGAAUCGAUGUCUAAACCCGGGUAAAUACAGUCAUUUCCUGGAGCGCUGGCUGGCGGAGUACAGCGCGCACCAGCUGCACGUGCUGGACGGGUCGCUGCUGCGCGCCGAGCCCGCCGCCGCACUCAUGCCGCUGCAGAAGUUCCUCAAGAUCCCCGCGCUUGACUACAACAAGCUGCUCAAGUACGACCCAAAGAAGGGAUUUUUCUGCCAAGCCGUAAGCAAUGAGAGGACGAAAUGUCUCGGCAAAUCUAAAGGGCGCAUUUACCCGCCCAUGGAGGAAAGGUCGGCCAAAUUCUUAAAGCGAUACUAUACGCCCCAUAACACAGCUUUGUCAAAGCUGCUGGUCAGAUUGGGUCGCCCGGUCCCGCAGUGGCUCAAAGACGAACUAUCGUCUAAUGGAUAGCACAACUCUCAACCUAAAAGGUUGGAACGAGAUAAAAUACUUCACGGAUUGAUCAAAGUCUGUGUCGUGACCAUUCCCUGACCAGGUCGGGGCGCCGCCGCGGAGGUUGCAAACAAUGUUGUUUUGAAAGUGUUUCAGUGUGAGAGUAUCAUUGUUGAAAAUGUGUCUAUCAAUCUUGUAAUAUAAUAUUUUUAAGAGUGAUAUUGUAAACGACUUAAAUGUUCUCGAUCUCUACAAUUGAGACGUCGAUUUUUUUUUUCGUGAGAUUAACUAGGUACAUCUCUUAUUAAUAGGUGGUUAGUACAUAAAUUGAGUUCUCAGUAAAGCAAUUACUGAUUAAAAUUAACUUGCCUGAAAUAUAUUUUAGCCAUAAUUAUGUUGUAUGAUCCGGCAAUUUUUGACGAAGAGUCGGUUUAGGUGCUAUUUUAAGUAUUGAACAAUACUACAUUGCUUAGUUUUUAUCCCAUUGUCCCAUAAGAUGCGACUCUUAGCUUGCAGCAAUCCAAAAGCGAGCUUAAGUAAUUGUUAUAGUUUUGCGCAAUUUUAAGAGGUACCUCAAGUACAGCAUAGUGCUUUUAAGUUAUUUACUUCGGUAUUUUGGCCACAGAAACAAAAGCUGUCAUUCCAUUAUAUAACACGCCAGUUGGUUUCCUUAAAUUAUAACUUUAUGUACCUGAUACCCUUAGAGGAUAUAACCAAACGGAAUAGCCAUUAACAGGCGUUCCCCUCUGUCGAAAAUAGGCGCCAUGGUCAUACACAAUGUAUAGACUGACGUUUAUCUGACAUGGCUAUUUUUACGUUACGUAUACAUUUGACGUGCUCUCCACCCCCGCAAAAAUCGGCAGACUGUUUUGUACAGAAAAUUACAGACAUGGCGUCUCCGUUUGGUUAAUGGUUAUAUCCUCUAAGACCUGAUACGACUUAAUUGUAUAUUUGUAAUUAUUUACAUUUUUCAUAUCUAAUUAGAUCAAUUACCGAUUUCUACGUCUAUCUGUGCCAUACAGUCCAUGUUAAUAAGAACGGCACUAACGUUUAAUACUUAAAAUAUUUUUAUAGUCGCAAACUUUUAUUUCACGAACAAAACACUAGUCGUAUAAUAGGUGAUAUUUAAAUCACAAUUAUUUUUGUCAAUUUCAGCUCAUAGGUAAUCCGGAACGUUUGUGUAAGCACAGAGUUUUUUUUAUUAUCUUGUUCCCGUAUAGUUACCUACCUACUCGUACAGUUAGCCGUAAGAGUUCUUUAUAAGAUGUAAACAAAAGGCGUUGUAUUUUAAAUAAUUGAUAUCAAUGAUAAUGAUAACGCAAGGAAUGAAUACAUAUAAAAAGUACUUGGUAUAUAUUUUGAUAUUCAUGAAUUUAUCGGCGAGGAAACUUGGUAAGAGAAGAGACCGAGAGUGAAAUGACAUCUUUUACAAAAUUUUCAUAGAAAAUACUAAUUGAUUUAUAUUAGAGGUCGGCACUAAAAUCUUGUAAAAAAAUCUGUUCCGUAAGUAAUAAAUAGAUUUUAAAAUUAUAAAUAUUAAAUUGAUUUGACUAGAGCAUUAAAUGUUUAUGAAAUUUAGUUUUUUGUUAUGGAUAUCUAAGUACAUUUUACAAAAAAAUGCUUUAUACAUUUUAAAAUUUAUGUCUACACUUCCGAUGUUCUUAAUGUUGUGAAGUUGUGUGUUACGUAGAAAAUGGCCUUACAGUGUUAGAGGCGAGCUAUGAAACUUAUGUCAUGAUUUUAUUGUGGUGUUACUAUUGACAUGUUUAUGUAUCUAGGGGGGAGGUGCGGUUAAUAUUCCUUCAUUCCCAAUUACACAAAGACAUUAUACCUAUCCUUGAGAACUUUUUGUAUGAAUAUGUUUGGUUUUGUAGUAUACUUAUUGUGAGUGAGGGGAUACGGUACGGUAUGCCGCGCCGCCAGUGACGAGGUGGAUGUUCCGGGGAACGGUUGUGUUUGCUUGGCAAUAAGACAUUUGACUUCAACUUAACCGCGUAGGAAAUGAACACAUAACCAAAUUCGUUUCAUUAAUAAAUUAUACUUGUUAUUUUUAUUGUGUAUAAAUAUUUUACAGAUACAGCAGACUGCUCUUGAAAUGUGUUCUUUAUAAGAAAUUAAUACAUCACUUAUUUUAAUAAAUGAUUUGAAUCU